GAAGACUGAAACAGAACUCUCUCUCUCUCUCUGUUAUCUCAGAGACCGAGUGACCGGCGAGAGCAGAAAAUGAAGAACACUAGCUUUCCCCUUCCCUCUCCCACUUCCUAGCCGUUUCCCAAAAAAACCUCCGCAAAACCUUCCUUUCUCUCUCUACCGAGAAAAAAAACAAACAAACUUCCGCCAUUCCUUCCGAGUCAACUCGCGCAGCUAUGGAGCCCCAGUUCCCCGACGACUUCAAGUGCCCGAUUUCCCUCGAAGUAAUGUCCGACCCAGUAAUCCUCCCCUCCGGCCACACCUUCGACCGCUCUUCCAUCCAGCGGUGGCUCGACUCCGGCCACCGCACUUGCCCAAUCACCAAUCUCCCCUUGCCCGACCACCCUUCCUUAAUCCCCAACCACGCCCUCCGCAGCUUGAUUUCCAACUACGCCCACAUCUCCUCCUCCCCCAAACUCCACCUCCGUCACCCGCCGCCGGAAACCCUAAUCUCCACCCUCACUUCCCCCCGAUCCGCCACUCCCAAUUCCAAGCUCGAUUCCCUCUCCCACCUCGCCAAGCUCACCAAAUUCGACCCUUCCCUCCGACGCCAGCUAGCCGAAUCAGGCGCCCUCUCCGCCGUCUUCAAUUGCCUCGAUUCCCCGUCUUUCCAAGAGAAAUCCCUCUCCCUCCUCCUCAAUCUAUCCCUCGACGACGACAACAAGGUCGGGCUGGUCGCGGAGGGCGCAAUCGGCCGGGUCGUUAGCGUUCUCCGGGCCGGGUCGUCGCCCAUUUCCCGGGCAAUCGGGUGCACCGUGUUGACCAGCCUCGCGGUGGUCGAAGUCAACAAGGCGACGAUUGGAGCUUACCCGGACGCGAUUCGAUCGCUCGUGAACCUGCUCGAUUGCGGGAAAGGAAGGGAAGUGAAGGAAGCGGCGACGGCUCUCUAUGCCGUUUGCUCGUUUCCGGAUAACCGGAGGCGGGCGGUGGAAUGCGGGGCUGUGGCGGUUCUGGCGAGGCUGGUCGGCGGUGGUGGGGCGGGGCUGGAGAGGGCUGUGGAGGUUUUGAGCUCGCUGGUGAAGUGCAGAGAAGGCAGAGUUGAAAUGGGUCGGGUUUUCGGGUUCGUCGGGGUUUUGGUACAAGUGAUUAGCUUUGGGGGGGAGAAGGGGAUUCAAUGUGCUCUGUUUACGCUCAAUGCUUUGUGUUUGCAUAGCGAGGAGGUCUGCGACGAAGCUCGAGGGCAAGGUGUAAUGGAGAUUUGUGUUGGGUUGAGGGAAGAUGAUGAGAAUGAGAAGAUUAGAAGGAAUGCUUCUAGCUUGGUUCAGACUCUGAGUGGCAGCAAUUGAUAGUGUGAGGAACUGGAUGAAUGGAAUGGUGAAAUCUUCUUGAGGUAUUUCGGUUUUGAUUUCGCCAUAUGUUUUGCUCUGUAGAAAUGUAGGGGAUUAGGAUAACUUGUUUAUUUCUUCUUAGGGUUCGUUUUUGUUAUGUUUAUUCCAUGUACAUUGUCAAUAAACCACACGAACUGUCAGGAUCAAAUGUUGUAGUACAAAAGAAAGAAAGAAAGAAAGAAAGGGAUUUCAGAUAAAUAUCCGGCUGAUCGUUCCAACUUGCAAUCUUGUUACAGAUUUAGAAAGAAAUUUUUGGUUUAUCUUUCGUUACUUGGUAAAUCUGAACUCCUUUCGUGCAUUGUACUGGUUCAUUUGAUUUAUGAUGGAUCAUGUAUCUAAUCUUUAUGACAUUGCAGUCAUAGUUGCUAGAGAUAACAUUGACAUUGUAAAUUCGUCGAUUGAUCGACAACAGCGAUCACUCGGGGCCUUGCCAGCCAAAAGCGAAAAUUUUAUGAAACUUUGCUAAUGUACAUCAUUUUAGUGCCUAUUGUAGAGUAUCUGUUGUACAUAGAUCUCAAAUUUCUACUGUUGCGGUUUACAGAUGUAAUAGCACUCUUGAAUCACUGACAGGGAAAACUGUGUUUCGAGAGGUCAGAUUCAUGCUUCGAGUUUUGCCCUCGAUCCAGUCUUUGAUACUUGAGUUUCUGGUUUAUCUGGUGUUGCCUCCCGCCUAGUUAGGCCAUGAUGACAUGUUAGAUUCUUGUCUCGAGCUUUUUGCUUUUGUGUAGUGUUUUCCUGCCAGUGGCAACUUUGUGCCUCCUGAUCUGGUCUGGAAUGGACUAUUUCUUCGAAAGGGGACGGCUUUAUUUGAUCCGAUGAGAUCUCUGUCGAGGGUUUUUGCCUUUUUGGUAUUGGUUGGUUGGUAGUGAAGAGGAGUCUGUUUCUUGUGAAAGUUUGCCAAAUUUGACUACGUUAGAGAGAGAAUGCAGGUCUAAUGUUGCCGGAGGAUUAUACAAUUUAUAUAUUGAUAGCGUAAGGCUUUGUACAAACAGUAUAGUUAUAAUCCAAAGUUGUACCAUAACGUACAAUUUGAACUCAUCCUGCUGUGUAUUACCUGACUUGAUCCGCGAUGGUGAGGGCGUUACCCUGUACGCAAUAACAUGGGGCGAGACAUGAGUAUCUAAUUCCAACUCGCCCUGCCCUGCCUCGUCCCGUUCUCGGCCCAUUCUAUUUUAAUUUCUUACCAUGUUUAUUCAUAUUUCUCAUGUUUUGACUUUUCUCCAACUAAUUAGAUUUGAUCUUUCAACUAGUUAGACUCAAUUAUACAUUCUAUUAUACGACUAUUUUCCAUUCACAAAUAAAGUGUUUCCUUUAUUUUAUUGUAAAACAUAAUAUUUUGCUUUAUUUUUUCCAAAUAAAGUGUUCUCACUCUAGUUUCCAACUUUAGCUCAGUUAUCACGACAAAAAAGAGUGCAUCCUAAGGUGUGGGAUACGGUGCAAUGAAAGACAACAAGAAAAAAAUGGCAAAUGGGACGCAGAUUAAUUGCACACUUAAGAGUUAAGAGUGUGGUUUUGGAUUUGUAGUGAUCAUGGCAGCCCUAAUUAGUGGUUGAUGAAAUUGCGGGCGAGGACGAGAGAAUAUCAAUUUACGUUGGAACACGCUUGAUGAAUGUAGUCAAAAAAGUUUCUAGAUAGAAACGUUUUGAUGAUUUUAAAGCGUAAAAAAUUGUAAGUUUUUAA